AGACCCAAGGCGCCUGGAAGGCGGAUGGAGCUAAUGACCACUCAUAGUACAGCGAGGCCGGAGCUUUCGAGAGCAGGGGGCGUUGCCUCUGGUGCAGGCUCCGGCCAUGGGUUGGCAGUGCUUCGUGUGCCCAGAGCGCCCGAUGCUGGGGGCCGUUAAAGGAUUAGACGCACUGGUGCCGGGGACCCAGGCUUCGCUCGAGUUCCAGAGACGCCGGCUGGGGAGCAGCUGACUGCUCACCUCGCCCCGAGCGAAGGCGUUGCUCCUACCGCUUCCCUGCGCAGAAUUCAUGAAUGAAGACGUACGUCGCAGCGUUGUAGGGCAUCGUAAUCAGCGCGUGCCAGAGCUCUUACUAUGCAGUCUCCUUCACCUGACGCAACCCCGGGCCACUCCGCCGAUGAGCGAGAGGGAGCCAUCGCUGUCCAGGCGCAGUGUCCCCACUCUUCCCUGCCGCAGAGCCGGGAUACUGGCUUUGGACGUGCAGGAUCAGCUCCUCUCCGUCUUCUGUGCUUUUGUUGCAACCCCAGACCUCUGGUGUAAAACACUGGCAAGCUCAGAGUUGGAACUGGAAGUGAAGUCUUUGGAAAAGCAAAGGAAGCCGAUGUUUGCGGGACCCUUGGGUGGUGGGACAUCCAGGAGGACGACUCGGUACUUUUUCAAGCUCGGGGAGGUUGUGAGAGUGAGGGGCGUGGGCCCACCUUCAUCCUGAGAGGGGUUAUUUUUGAAAAUGACUUUACAUUUUCCUGAGCAGCCAUGACCAGUGAAGUGAAUACCGUUGGGUGCAUUUUCACUUCUCUUACUACCCUUUCAUUUCCACCGAGACUGAACCCACGGGAGCCAGGAGACUGUCUGCUGGUGUCUCCUCAAGGUGCAGAGGCUGAGUCAGGCGGAAGGCAGUAGCUGGGAGCUGGAUCUGUGCCUGGGAGACAGGGAGGCUGGUCUCUGCCGAGAGCCGCUCCGUGCUACAUAAUCCUGGGCUACUCCGAGUCACCAGACCUUGAGUUUGAAUAUGCUGACACAGACAAGUGGGCCGCAGAGCUGUCGGAGCUUUACAGCUACACGGAAGGACCAGAAUUCCUGAUGAACAGAAAAUGCUUCGAGGAAGACUUCAGGACUCAUGUGACAGACAAAAAGUGGACCGAGCUGGACACCAACCAGCACCGAACCCAUGCCAUGAGGCUCCUGGAUGGCUUGGAAGUCACUGCCAGGGAGAAGAGACUCAAGGUGGCUCGAGCAAUUCUCUACGUUGCCCAAGGCACCUUUGGCGAGUGCAGCUCGGAGGCAGAGGUGCAGUUCUGGAUGCGCUACAACAUCUUUCUGCUGCUGGAGGUGGGCACGUUCAACGCCUUGGUGGAGCUUCUGAACAUGGAAAUAGACAACAGCGCCGCGUGCAGCAGUGCCGUGAGGAAGCCCGCCAUCUCCCUGGCUGACAGCACAGACCUGAGGGUGCUGCUCAACAUCAUGUACCUGAUCGUGGAGACCGUGCACCAAGAGUGCGAGGGCGACAAGGCUGAGUGGAGGGCUGUGCGACAGACCUUCAGAGCCGAGCUGGGCUCCCCACUGUACAACAAUGAGCCAUUUGCCAUCAUGCUGUUUGGGAUGGUGACCAAAUUUUGCAGUGGCCACGCCCCUCACUUCCCAAUGAAGAAAGUUCUUUUGCUGCUCUGGAAGACUGUAUUGUGCACACUGGGCGGCUUUGAGGAGCUGCAGAGCAUGAAGGCUGAGAAGCGCGCCCUCCUGGGCCUCCCCCCGCUGCCCGAGGACAGCAUCAAGGUGAUCCGCAACAUGAGGGCCGCCUCGCCGCCGGCGUCUGCCUCCGACCUCAUCGAGCAGCAGCAGAAAAGGGGCCGCCGGGAGCACAAGGCUCUGAUAAAGCAGGACAACCUAGAUGCCUUCAACGAGCGGGACCCCUACAAGGCCGACGACUCCCGGGAAGACGAGGAGGAAAAUGAUGACGACAACAGUCUGGAAGGGGAGACCUUUCCCCUGGAGCGGGAUGAGGUGAUGCCUCCCCCACUGCAGCACCCCCAGACCGACAGGCUUACCUGCCCAAAGGGGCUCCCGUGGGCCCCCAAGGUCAGAGAGAAGGACAUUGAGAUGUUCCUCGAGUCCAGCCGCAGCAAGUUCAUAGGCUACACCCUGGGCAGUGACACGAACACAGUGGUGGGGCUGCCCAGGCCGAUCCACGAAAGCAUCAAGACUCUGAAACAGCAUAAGUACACGUCCAUCGCCGAGGUCCAGGCGCAGAUGGAAGAGGAGUACCUUCGUUCUCCUCUCUCAGGGGGAGAAGAGGAAGUCGAACAGGUCCCUGCAGAAACUCUCUACCAAGGCCUCCUCCCCAGCCUGCCCCAGUACAUGAUUGCCCUCCUGAAGAUCCUGCUGGCUGCAGCCCCCACCUCAAAAGCCAAAACCGACUCGAUCAACAUCCUGGCAGACGUGCUCCCCGAGGAGAUGCCCACCACGGUGUUGCAGAGCAUGAAGCUGGGGGUGGACGUGAACCGCCACAAAGAGGUCAUCGUCAAGGCCAUUUCUGCCGUGCUACUGCUGCUGCUCAAGCACUUCAAGUUGAACCACGUCUACCAGUUUGAAUACAUGGCCCAGCACCUGGUGUUUGCCAACUGCAUCCCUUUGAUUCUAAAGUUCUUCAAUCAAAACAUCAUGUCCUACAUCACCGCCAAGAACAGCAUUUCUGUCCUGGAUUACCCUCACUGCGUGGUGCACGAGCUUCCAGAGCUGACGGCAGAGAGCCUGGAAGCGGGGGACAAUAACCAGUUUUGCUGGAGGAACCUCUUCUCUUGUAUCAAUCUGCUGCGCAUCUUGAACAAGCUGACCAAAUGGAAGCACUCAAGGACGAUGAUGCUGGUGGUGUUCAAGUCGGCGCCCAUCCUGAAGCGGGCCCUGAAGGUGAAGCAGGCCAUGAUGCAGCUCUACGUGCUCAAGCUGCUCAAGGUGCAGACCAAGUACCUGGGGCGGCAGUGGCGCAAGAGCAACAUGAAGACCAUGUCCGCCAUCUACCAGAAGGUGCGCCACCGGCUGAACGACGACUGGGCCUACGGCAACGAUCUCGAUGCCCGGCCCUGGGACUUCCAGGCAGAGGAGUGCGCCCUCCGCGCCAACAUCGAACGCUUCAACGCCCGGCGCUAUGACCGGGCCCACAGCAACCCCGACUUCCUGCCAGUGGACAACUGCCUGCAGAGUGUCCUGGGCCAGCGAGUGGACCUCCCUGAGGACUUCCAGAUGAACUAUGAUCUCUGGCUGGAAAGAGAGGUCUUCUCCAAGCCCAUUUCCUGGGAAGAGCUGCUGCAGUGAGGCUGCUGGGCAGGGGACUGAGAGAAACUGAUGACCUGUUCCCUGGGGGAGUGUCCUCACGUGUGGCUGCAGUGCCCCCGUCCUCCUCCAGGUGGCAGCACGGCUCCACUGUCUCACAGUGGUGCCCUGGGCUUAUUUAUAGGUGACCUGGGGUGGCCUCGCCCAGUGAUGGCCAGCAUCCUGCUGCAUCUCUGCGUGGAACACACCCUCCCUUCACUACCCUCCCUCCCCUUGCCAUCCUCUUUUAAACAUGAUUGGCUGCAGCUCAUUUCACACCCAAGGCUGGGCGGAGCUGGGGGCUGGGAACUCACUGCAUCUGAGUUUCAAGGGUCACACCGAGCCCUCCUGAGACAGCAGAUGCUUGGCGUGCCAGCUGAGGAGGAGGGCUUAGGACCGGGGCAGGAGCCGCAGCCAGACGUCGGAUCGUGCUUAUGGUUUGGGGGUUUCUGAUGGCAUUCCAGCCUCCUGCUGAGUCUCACCCGGAAGCAGUUGCAGAGGACCCCGUGGCUGCCUCGGCACUUUGCUUUUGGACAAGGGUUGAGGGAGGAGGAGGGGCUUCCAUCUUCCCUCCUGGUUGGCAAGGGCCUGUAGAUAUCCAUGUAUAAAUCGGUGUGUCGUCUCCUGUGGCAUGGUGGGCUUUCUCAUGUGUUUAUGUACUCUGUUUACAUUAAAAGGAAGCAAAAAC